AUUUUUAAUCGCGGUUAAUUGAAAACAUUAUCCAUUUCAACUAAUCGUCUAAGUAAUUUAACUUAAAUUAACACCUUGGUUUACCUUGAUUGUUCACCACGAAUCUUCUUAUAAUACCUUGGACCAGUAGACAAGCCUUUGUGUCCAUUUUUAUUGCCAAUGGAUGGAUUACCUACCGAUAGGCAGAUUGACCAUGUUGCCUUGUUUAAGGAGAUCAAUGAAUUGGUUUCUUUCCACGACCUUCUUGAGCCACUUUCACCAUAUUCAUCUGACUCUGAUUCUAGUUCAUCAUUUGACUGUUUAACUGAGUUUUCUGAUCGUUUACUCAGUACUCCUAGAGCUCGUGUAAAAAAAUACAAAACGCGCGGAAGGUACCCAAAUAGAGACAAAUUGGAGGAUCCAUCAGAAGAUAGACUGUUUCAAAUGCUUGCUAAAGGGACUCGUAAAAAGACACGAGAUUCAUCGCUGAGUAAACAUAACUCAUCGGUGAUAGAUACUGAACGUGACUCUCCAAAGAUAAAUAUUGGUGGUUCUAAUGGGACAAUAAAGGAAACUCAGGAGGAAUCAAAAGGAUGUAGAAUGCAACCACCACUAAAUGGAGAGUUAACUUCUAAUGCUAGCUCUUUAUCAUCCGCUCGUAAAGCAGCCAUUUGUAAAUUCAAAUCACUUCAAAUCACUGAAAGAUCAUAUUUUAAAAACACUGACAAAGGUUUAUCAAAGUAUCCGAAUGAUAACUCUGACUUGAAUCCAGACAUAUAUCUACAUUGAAUUCUAUUCUUUUUCAUCCGAUUGAUCUCACCUCUCGCUGUUGACGAUAAUAUAAUUUAUCAAAGUAUGUUUUUCUAACGUUGUUUAUUUUUUUGUAAAUUUGAUAUUCACGCUGAAGCUAAUUUUCACAUUUAAACUUUUCUGUUCAUCUUCAAA